AACACUUUCUCUUUCAAGAAUGGUGCAACACCUGACAGAAAGUUCCUGGGCUUUUUUCACCUCAUACCGUUUAGGAGAUAGCUGAGAUACUAUCUCAUUUCAUUUUACAGAGAAAGAGAUUGGGGCACAAGGUGGUUAUCUAAUUUGCCUCAAUUCGAGGCGGAAUUCGACCCCAAGCAGUCUGGCCCUGCUUGGUGAAAUGUCCCAGAGAGGACAGACUGUUUCAUGGACCGUGGGAUGUUCCGUGGACCAAAGUGCGACGUUGCCUGCGAAGGCUUCUGUCGGCUCACUGCCCGCUUUGGGAACGGGCGGCUGCCCCGGGCUCCCCACACGGGGGCGCUGUCAGCGCCGUCAACAGAGCCCCAGGCGGCCGCCAGGUGUCACCAUGCUGGGGCUGCAGGUGCCGAGUUUGCCGCGGUAUGGGGAGCGGGCGCCGGGAGGAGCCAUAAAAGGCGGCGGAGCUGGCUCGCCAGGCACCCUAGGGGCGCUGGCCCUGCUCGCAGCAUGGCUGGGCGUCCGUGGGGAGCGCCGGGCGGGACCUCCAAGGGCAACUGCAGCGCGCUGCUCAACGCCUCGCAGCCGGCGCCGGGCGGUGGGGAGGGGGCGCGGACGCGCCCCUCGUGGCUGGUCUCGGCUCUCGCGCUCAUCCUCAUCUUCACCAUCGUGGUGGACGUCCUGGGCAAUUUCCUGGUCAUCCUGUCCGUGUACCGGAACAAGAAGCUGAGGAACGCAGGAAAUAUAUUUGUGGUGAGCCUGGCAGUUGCUGACCUGCUGGUGGCUGUGUAUCCGUACCCACUGGUGCUGAUGUCAAUAUUUAACAAUGGGUGGCACCUGGGCCAUCUGCAUUGCCAACUUAGUGGUUUCCUGAUGGGCUUGAGUGUCAUUGGCUCCAUAUUCAAUAUCGCGGGAAUUGCCAUCAACCGCUAUUGCUACAUCUGCCACAGUCUCAAAUACGACAGGUGGUACAGCAACAAGAAUUCCCUCUGCUGCGUGUUCUUGAUAUGGGUGUUGACACUUGUGGCGAUCGUACCCAACUUGUGUAUGGGAACCCUGCAGUAUGACCCGAGGAUCUAUUCCUGUACAUUCGCACAGUCCGUCAGUUCUACAUACACCACAGCGGUGGUGGUUUUCCAUUUCCUAGUUCCUAUGGUCAUUGUCAUCUUCUGUUACCUAAGAAUCUGGGUCCUGGUUCUUCAGAUCAGAUGGAGGGCGAAACCGGAAAAUAACCCCAGACUGAAACCACAGGACUUCAGGAAUUUCGUCACCAUGUUUGUGGUUUUUGUACUUUUCGCCAUUUGCUGGGCUCCUCUAAACUUCAUUGGUCUCGCUGUGGCCUCGGACCCUGCCAGCAUGGCACCCAGGAUCCCAGAGUGGCUGUUUGUGGCCAGUUACUAUAUGGCUUAUUUCAACAGCUGCCUCAACGCAAUUAUAUAUGGAUUAUUGAACCAAAAUUUCAGGCAGGAAUACAGAAGAAUUAUAGUCUCCGUGUGUACAGCCAGGAUGUUCUUUGUGGAAGAUAGAAUUAAAUGCAGACCGUCUCCAUUAAUGACCAACUGUAAGCGCAUAAAGGUGGACUCUGUUUAAAAAGCAGAGCAUUACUGGCAAAUGCGCCUGCUGCUCAAUGUCUUCAUCACUUUCAUGUUUGCUCUGUCUUGACAGAUGCCUAGAAAAAACAAUGUGGAUGAGAAAAUUUCUACUCCUUAGAGAUUGCCUCUGUCAUUUCUGAGCUAAUAUGCUGUCAGCCUUUUCAACUAGUCUCUAAUUCUACUUAUCAAGAGAAAUGC